GAGGAGGGGGCAAUGUUUUACCCCUACGAGUAUUAGUUGUAUGGUGUUGAGGUACACCUGACCAGAUAUAUAGAGCUAGGGCAGGGCUUCUGUUACGUACAGUCUACGUAGAGUGCUCUUGAGGAUAACUAAUUACCAAGAUGAUGGAUUUUGCCCCCCGUUAUUUUUGCCUUGCUCUAUUAUUAGUAGCUACGGCUUCAGCAAGGUCAACAGAAGGAGCAUCCAAAUCAAACUCAAUUGAUGAUCAGACUGCUAGAUCUGGAUCAAAUGGUGUAUUUGGAGAUUUACGAUAUGUUUAUCAAAUAUACAAGGAGUGCACAGGUGCUGAGAUGAGUUCUUGUCUCAAACUCAAGCUUUUAACUGCAAUGGAAAGAGUAUCUAGGAGCACCCAAUUAAAUAUUGUUGACGGUAUUACAAUUGUUUAUGAUGGUACGGAUACAGUUGAAAAAAAUGAGGAUAUACCAAAGACACAACAAGAAAUUGAAGCUUCUUUACCACGAGCACUUGAUGACAAAGAAGAUGCUCUAAAUACAAUGAUAUUUAAUAAAAUUCUACGCUUUUUCCAAAGCCAUACAUUGCAAUUAAAGAUGCCAAAUGUUGAUGAAUUUUCUCGAAGUCUUACUGAGGAAGGUCGUAAAAAGAAGAAGAAUAUGGGUGGACUUCUUGCAAUUCCACUCUUAAUCGGUGGUACUUUGGUGCCUUUAGCUCUUGGUGCACUUGCUCUUUUAGCAGGAAAAGCUUUGAUUGUCAGUAAGCUUGCACUUGUUUUGGCAUCAAUCAUCGGUCUGAAAAAACUCGUCUCGAGUCACGAAUCUCAUGGACAUGAGGUAGUCCAGGUUGGUGGACAUGGCGGUAGUGGGUGGGCAAGGUCAGCCCAAGAUCUCGCCUAUUCAGCUUAUAAGCCAAAUAUUUUUGAAAGCGAGGAGGCGGAAGGGUCAGUGUUACAUUGGGGGGACAAACCGUACAUCUACGAUGACCAAAAAGUGGGGGCCAUCAAAAUUUCAAAAACGUACACGGACCCCUUUCGCGUUGAGAAUAAAAGGCGGAAUCGUGAUUCUUUCAGUCAGUGUCGAUACGAUCAGCGUCGGUCAAGGAGUUUAAAAAAAAAAAAUUAUUAUCAAUUUAAAGUUUUUCAAAGUAAAAAUAGUGUGAUAUUGUUAAUCAUUGAGGAUAGCAAAUAUAUAUAUAUAUAUAUAAAUAUACAUAUAUUAAGAAUGAUGAAUUACGUGAUAGUUUUUGCAUUAAUUGGCACUGUGGCAUUUGCUGCGCCAACCAAAGAAUCAUCAUUUGAAUCAAAAUCUCUAAUUGAAGAUGCAUUUGAUAUGUAUGCAUCAUGUGGAGCUGAGGAAGCAUUGUCAGUAUGUCUUAAAAUGAAAGCACUUCGUUUUGUUGAUCGUGCUGCAAGGUUUGCAGACAUAACUGUUGUUGAUGGUGUUCGAAUUGUUAAGGCAGAUGAUGCCGUAAUCAGUCGUGCUGACAACGCACGAGCAUUAAAUGACAUUGAAGCAAAUUUACCAGCUGAGGUUGAAGCUCGUGAAGCUGCUGUUGAUGAAGCAAUCUUGGAAAGGGCGAGCAGAUUCCUUGCAACACAUACACUUGAGCUAAGUAUGCCUGAAGAAGGUUCUCGAUCAGUCGAAGAAGCACGUGGAAAGAAAAAAAAGGUUUUGAAAUCCUUGAUGCCACUUCUUCUUCUUUUGAAAGUCAAAGCAAUAUUUUUAAUCCCAAUUUUACUUGGUGGUUUGGCUCUUCUGGCUUUUAAAGCCCUCGUUAUUGGUAAAAUUGCCCUCAUCAUUUCUGGAGUUUUGGCACUCCAGAAACUUUUGGCGAGCAAAGGACAACAGAGUUAUGAAGUUGUUGCUCAUCCAGCUCCUCAUCAUGACGAACAUGAACAUGGAUGGGGAAGAUCAGCAGUUCCAGCAGCUGAACUUGCUUACAACGCCUACAAACCAACAAAUUAAAAAUAGUUACUUUAAAUCACUGAUACAAAAAGACAAAAAAAAAAUAUUUCGAAAUAUUUGUCUUUGUGCUCAAUUUUAGUAUCAUCAUUGUCUCAUACAUAUAAAAAAAAAAACGGUUAUUUUAGUAAAGAAGUCAGUACAAAA